UGACAAACAAGGUGUCUGUGUUUUUUUUUAUAAAAAUAAAUAAUUCCAUAAUCUGUGUAUUCUUAUUGUAAAAAAAAGAAAAUUAAAAAAUAGUUUUUAAUAUUGUAAUUUUUUUUUUGAGAAUUUAAAAAAAAAAGAUAUGUAGUUUUUGUUUUAUUAAAAUUAAAUAUUUAUGUAGAAAAAAAAAUUAUACAUGCACAGAUGUUCACAUACAUAUGUAUGUAUGUAUUUAGGUAUAUAUUUUAUAUUCAAGUUUAAUAUUAUAAAGUAAUGUAAAUUUUUUUCAAACAAGCUCUACGUUCUUUAAGAAAAUACAAAUUUUUUUUAACAAUUGAAUAGUUUAAUUAAUCUUAUUUUUAAAAAAUAAUAUAUAUAUACAUAUAUUUACAUAAUUGAGUCUCAAUAAAUUAAACAUCAAAUAAUUUUGAAAAUUAUUUUCAUACAACAUAGAGGAAAUAUAAUUGAAUUGGUGAUUUUAUAAGACUAUAUACAUAAAUAAUAUUAAAAUAAUUUUACUGCUUAAGGACUUAGAUACCUACCUUCAUACAUACAUAUAUAUACGGAUAUAAUAAUAAAACAUUUAAGUGGAUAUUAAUAAAAUAAGAAAAAGAAGGAAAUAAAUACUUAUUGAAAGUAAAACAACAACAAUAUGAGCUCACGUCCAAGUAGCUCUAAACCACAACGAAUUUAUGGUUUCGAUUUGGAUAUGGAAGUAGAUUUUCCAGAAACUGAAAGUGGAGAUCCACCAACAAUUAAUGGACAAGCUGCUGAUCCCGCUUCAAAUGAUACUCUUCCAAAUGAAAUUUCAGCACCAUAUGAAGUUCCACAAUUUCCAAUUGAACAAAUUGAGAAGAAAUUACAUAUUCAACGGCAGUUGAAUAUCACGAAGAGUAUGAAUGAAAAAAUCGGUGGAUCAAAUGUACCGGAUCUUGAUGAUGUUGAUUAUUUAGAAGAUGGUGAAUUGGCACAGCAUUUUCAAAGGGUAUCUAUAUCUGGUGAAGAUACAAGCGGUGUACCAUUAGAAGAUUUAAUAAGAGCAUCAUCUUUGUUAAUUGAGGCACUUGAAUUACGUGAACGUUAUAUGAGAUGGUCACAACAAAGUUUUCCACGAACAACAACUAGAUUUUUAAAAUCAGUACAUGAAAAGGGUCGUAUUAAUAUUGAAGAGCAUUCGAAUAGAAAAUCAAUAGCUGAAUUAAUCCGCAAGAUCAGUCUACCCAGCAUAGAAAUAGAGCUUAAAGAAUAUCCAAGUGAUCCACCGCAAGAAACUGCUGAACAUUGGGAUAUUGAAUUUGGAUCAGAUUUAAAUUAUACAAUUCGUUCUGUUGAUGGUGUUUUUCAUGUAUACAAAGAUGAGGUAUGUAAAGAACCAUUUGAAGUAGAAUAUCCAAAUUUAACGGAAUUUGUGAAGGACAUGAAUAAAAUGUGUAAUAUGAUGGCUGAUGGACCAUUAAAAUCAUUUUGUUACCGCCGUUUAAGUUACUUACAUUCUAAAUAUACACUACAUGUACUAUUAAAUGAGCUUAGAGAAUUAGCAUCACAAAAAGCAGUACCUCAUAGAGAUUUUUAUAAUAUUAGAAAAGUUGAUACUCACAUUCACGCUGCAUCUUGUAUGAAUCAAAAACAUUUAUUACGUUUUAUUAAGAAAACUUUAAAAAAUAAUGCUGAUGAGGUUGUUACUGUUUCAAAAGGUGUGGCAAUGACAUUAGCUGAUGUGUUUAAAUCUAUGAAUUUAACAACAUACGAUCUAACUGUCGAUAUGUUAGAUGUUCAUGCAGAUCGUAACACUUUCCAUCGUUUUGAUAAAUUCAAUGCCAAAUAUAAUCCGAUUGGUGAAUCAAGAUUACGUGAAGUAUUUUUGAAAACAGAUAAUUAUAUUAAUGGAAAAUAUUUUGCCCAAAUAAUUAAGGAAGUGGCUUUUGAUUUGGAAGAAUCAAAAUAUCAGAAUUGUGAAUUACGUUUGUCAAUAUAUGGAAAAUCUAGUGAAGAAUGGAAUAAACUAGCUAAAUGGGCAAUUACAUAUGAUGUGUAUUCAACAAAUGUUCGCUGGUUAAUACAAAUACCUCGUUUAUUUGAUAUCUUCAAAGCCAACAAAAUAAUGAAUUCAUUCCAAGAAAUUCUUGAUAAUAUUUUUUUGCCAUUAUUUGAAGCAACAAGUAAUCCUCAUAAGCAUCCAGAAUUACAUAGAUUUUUACAAUAUGUUAUUGGAUUUGAUUCAGUAGAUGAUGAAUCAAAACCGGAAAAUCCACAUUUCGAUUCGGAUAUUUCAACGCCAAAAAAUUGGACUGAUGAAGAUAAUCCUCCUUAUGCCUAUUAUAUUUAUUAUAUGUAUGCAAAUAUGACGGUUUUAAAUGCUUUCAGGAAAAAACGAGGAUUUAAUACAUUUGUAUUAAGACCACAUUGUGGUGAAGCUGGUCCAGUUCAGCAUUUAGUUGCAGGAUAUUUAAUGGCUGAAAAUAUUUCACAUGGCUUAUUACUUAGAAAAGUUCCAGUAUUACAAUAUUUGUUUUAUUUGGCACAAAUAGGAAUCGCUAUGUCUCCAUUAUCUAAUAAUUCAUUAUUCUUGAACUAUCAUCGAAAUCCAUUGCCUGAGUAUUUAUCUAGGGGUUUAAUUGUUUCUUUAAGUACUGACGAUCCACUUCAAUUCCAUUUCACAAAAGAACCUCUCAUGGAAGAAUAUAGUAUCGCAACUCAAGUUUGGAAAUUGAGUUCAUGUGAUAUGUGUGAAUUAGCUCGAAACAGUGUUAUUAUGAGUGGUUUUCCACAUAAAAUGAAACAACAUUGGCUUGGACCAAAUUAUACAAAAGAGGGUGUCGCUGGUAACGAUAUAACUCGUACAAAUGUGCCAGAUAUUAGAGUGGCUUAUCGUUAUGAAACAUUAUUGGAUGAAUUGUCAAAUAUAUUCAAAGUUCAUGAAAAAGCUGCUCAGAAAUAAAAAUUUAAUUACUUAAUAAUAUAGUUACUAUAUAAUAAUAUAUAUUAUGCUACAAAAUAAAAUUUUUGUUAAGGUUAAAUUAUAUAUUUUUAAAACAAUAACUAAAAAAAAAACAAACCCUUUACUAGAUUAUGUAACCCAUGUAUUUUAUCUUAAAAACAAGUAUUCUUUUUUUCUAAAUUUUAUCUCUUUAAAAAAUUCGUAUAGCGUCUGUGACUUAUUAUAAAAGAAAAUUUUUAAAAUUUAAUUGAAUAUACGAGACCAAAAUUAUUAAAAUAUGACUAUUAUUACUAAUUAUUAUAGUUAAAAAAUAUAACGAUAUUGUACUUGUUUUUUUUGAAUAAAACUUUGGUAUA